AUGAGAUCUUGUCCCAGGGGAGUCAGAACCCUCCCACUAAGGCACAAUUACAGGUUCAAAUCCGACUCCAGACCCGAGCGCGUCUUACCGGCAUCUGUGGCAAAUGCAUAUAAAAGUGCCGGUAACACAGGAAUGAGUGAUUUAAAACGCUAUCUACUACGAGAGACGCGCAUAUGUGCGUAUACGCAUGUGUCCCCAAGGCGGGGGAGGGGAACCCAAGCGUCGGUUUCAGUUUUGGCGGGAAUGAUGGCUUUGAGGGGACCAACGCGUGGCGUGGACGCCCAAACACUUCCGCCCAUCAGCGUCUCAAGACGAGGCGGUAAGUAA